ACAAAUUGUUAAGUGUCACGUGAUAGCUUCUCAGCCAAUAGGAUGCUCUCUAACUAAUAUCCUAUUGUUCCCAAUUGAUUUAUUAUUCAUUUUACAGUAUUGUCAGUGAAAAGGAGUUCCUGAAGCUGGCCAAGGCUAUCGCUCCAUCUUACUACCAGGCUGUAGGGAUAUCUCUAGAGAUCCCCUUAGCUGAGCUACAUGCAAUCCUGAUUCAGCAGUUGAAUAACUAUACCAAUGCAUUCUUGCAAGUAUUCAUGAAAUGGAAUGUCAAGCAGCAACCUCUACACUCAAACAGACGACAGCUUUUGGCAGACGCACUCCGAGAGAAUGACUUGGGUGGCUUAUCGCACAGAUUACUCAAUGAACCUGUAAUUCCAAACAGCACAGGAGGGCCAUCAAGAUUGCUCGAAUCACAGACCAAACCUCCUUCAGCUGAAUCUCAGACCAAACCACUUUCUCCUAAACUGGUUGAGCUGUGUGCAAAUGAUUUCAAGUUCAAGUAUAGGUCAACUCUCUGUAAGAUCAGAGCUGAUCCUCUCAAUCCUGCUUCCACUGUGCAGUUUGACGACAUGUUUACUAAUCUCGUCUUACUAGAAGAACAUGGGACAGACAAGCAAAUGCUAGAUUACAAUGAUAUCCUUGAUCUCAAAGUCAAUGGAAAGUUCCCCAAGCGGAUCAUGGUUCAGGGAGAGGCAGGGGCUGGAAAAACAACAUUUUGUGCUAAGAUUGCCUGGGACUGGGUUGAAGGGAAGCAUUUCAGUCACUUUGUAUGGGUCUUGAUAGUUCCUCUACGUGAAUUUAAGCAACACACUAUUGGCGAGAUUGCAAAGUCUUAUUUGGCCAAAAACAAUCCAGCAACGGUUUCUCAGAUUACUGAGUAUAUCCGGUCGAAUCCUGACAAGGUAUUCAUCGCAUUUGAUGGGCUAGACGAAGUCAGUGGCAAAAUCAUGAAGACAAAAUCUUGCGAAUCACAGCCUACUGAUCAAAUGCAACUUCAGCCAUCACAGCCAAGUGUCACCUCUUCAGAGGCAUGUGGAAGCUCAUCUGAGACUGGUGGUAUUGGACUUGGAGAUAUUCUUUGUUCUGAUCAACUUGCCUCUUGCCCAGUCUUGGUGACCACUCGCCCAUGGAGAGCAGUAGAGAUUAGAUCAGAUAGUGAUCUAAUGAAGCUGUACACAUUCAUUUAUGUUGAGGGUUUUAACAGAGAGAAUUUGUCAGUGUACAUUCACAAAUACUUUCCAAAGAAUGAUGAUAGAGCAAAUCAGCUUAUCCAGUUCACCAGUGAGAAUGAUGUCAUAUCUGAAAACAUGGCCCACUAUCCUAUAUAUGUAGCCUUGUUGUGUUUAGAGUUAUCUUUCAUUGUUGAUGUAGCCUUUGAGAGUCAGGACCCAGAUGCAGCAGCCUUGGUGAAGGACAGGGUUUCAUCAAAGGAAAUUACACUGAAUGUAUCCAGAGACAUGACAGCACACACUGUAGCUGGUUGUGCUUUCAUUAGACCACAUUUGUUCUAG